GUGUGGGUUUUCGUUGUGUUUAUUCAUACAAAAAUUCGUAAUUGAUUAGUCGUGUUUUUUUAUUCUCCGACUUGCGUUCAUAGCGUUCAACGAGGAUAGGCAGAACAGCUAGCAGUCAGCGGAAACAGAGAAAAUUCAUUCAUGAUUCACUCACUGAUGGACGUGUAAAAGAAAGCGUGUGUGCACUGCUCGAGAAGUGAUGAUAUUGGUUCUAGUUUUUGCCGGUUGGAUAAUUUUUCGUUACUUCGGUUAUCAGCUGUGCUCUAGGGUUUCUGGUGUUAAUUAACCUUGAAGAGAAAUUGAAAUGGCUUAUUUCUAUCCAUUUUGAUAGUGUCCUUCGUACGCUGAACGUGUUCGCAUUUUGCAGGUCUGUGUACAUAUUCCGCACAACUUGGGUCACCAUCAUUCAGCAGUACGAUGACGAAAGAUGUCAAAAACAGUGUGUUACCGGAUCUACCGCGAGGGCCUCUCUGCGAGUAUCGAAACCGCGCAAAGUUCAACUGGAAGGAGCUCAAAACAGUACUAGAAGAUCCAAACUUAACUCGGAUAAAGUACAAUGUAUGGCGUAGGCUAGAAUCGGAACCACUCUUCACUCCGGUUACGGCAACGUUGUCAGUCGACCAGCAGAAGGAGCGAGCGGCAAAGCAGGUCAAUCGAAUUGCAGAUUUAGAGCUGGCACCGGCGGAAAUCUAUUCGUCCGACUAUAAGUAUCGUGUGCGUUACUUAAUGAGUAUUAACGAGGCACUGCAUGCCGUGUGUCCAAGCAUGUCGGUUAAGAUUGCACUGGGAGUUGGUCUUUUCACAAAUUCGCUUCUUGCGAUGGGAACUGAGAGACAUUCUGCGGUGUACAAUGCUGCCUGGAACAGGGAGAUCAUUACCUGCCUAGCCAUUACUGAAGUUAGUCACGGUAGUAAUACGAAACGAUGUCGCACAACUGCCACAUACGAUCCUGGAACGCAAGAGUUCGUAAUAAACACGCCGGAUUUCGAAGCGGCCAAGUGCUGGAUCGGUAAUCUGGGUAAAACUGCUUCGAUAGCACUGCUGUUUGCCAUUCUUUACACGAACGACGGACAGAACCACGGUCUGCAAGGUUUCUUAGUGCCCAUUCGGGAUCCCAAAACGCUGCAGCCUUACCCGGGAGUUAUCGUGGGUGACAUCGGUGAAAAAAUUGGUCUGAAUGGCAUUGACAAUGGGUUCGUUAUGUUCAACAAUUAUCGAAUACCACGAGAGAACAUGCUGAAUCGAACCGGAGACGUGACGCCCGGAGGGGUCUAUGAAAGUACGUUUACCGAGCCCGGUAAAAUCUUGGGAGCUGUGCUGGAGUCGUUUUCCGCCGGUCGGUUGGGCAUUAUGCAAGAAUCGCAGAACACUCUGUCGCACGCGGCCGUCAUUGCGGUGCGGUAUGCUGCGUUGAGGAAACAGUUUGGACCGGAAAAGGAUGGCCCAGAACAGUCAAUUAUCGAGUACCAAUUGCACCAAUGGCGAAUUUUCCCUUACUUGGCGGCAUCCUGCGUACUUAAAGUAUCGGUUUUCGCUCUAACCGAGAUCUAUCUAGAAACUGUACAGAAAUCUCAAGCGGAAUCUAAUGGGUUUGAGUUGCUGACUCAAAUCGUAUCGGAAAUUCAUGCCCUAGUGUCCUCGUCGAAGCCACUGGUAACGUGGACCGCACGGGAUGCUAUCCAGGAGUCGAGAGAAGCUUGCGGAGGACACGGUUACCUAAAGGCUGCGAAUCUCGGAGAGCUGAGAAACAAUCACGAUCCUAGUUGUACCUACGAGGGAGAUAACAAUGUGCUGGGCCAGCAAGCAUCGAACUGGCUGCUGCGGCAGUGGAGGGGAAGCAGCGUCGAGAGCCCGGUGGAAACGGCAAACUUUAUCGAGCGGCGUGAAGCCAUACUGAGGAACACUUUCGCAGCAGUGGUGGCGGGCGGUUGCAACGUGGACAGUGCUGAAUUUAUCGACCAGUGUUAUGAAUGGCUUCUGUGCUGGCUGUUGCAUUCAACUUACGAGCAAAACCAGCUGGCGGAAAAGAAUGAUGUCGACAGGUUCAAGGCGCGAAAUGAUUCGCAGGUUUACCGGGCAAGAGAUAUGAGCCGUGCGUAUGCAGAAUACUACGCUUUGAAGAGCUUCAGAUCUCGCUGCCAGCGGGCGGACGUUUCGGUCGAGCUUCAACCAGUAUUAUUCAACGUCUAUCUCAUCUACGGAAUGUGGUGUAUCGAUAGGCAUCUGGCGACCUUCUACGCCGGAGGGUUUGCUGUUGGACCCCGCUUUGCAGAUGCCGUACGGGGAACGUUGCUGCAGGCGUGCGAUAAAUUCAAAGAUUCCGCCGUUGCAGUGGCGGAUGCGCUUGCGCCACCCGAUUGGGUUCUGAACUCGGUCCUCGGUAAAUCCGACGGUCGGCUGUACGAAAACAUUCAGAAUGUAUUCAUGACGAAUCCGGGUGCAAUGGAGCGGGCCUCCUGGUGGAAGGAUAUCAUUCCCACCAAGAUGAAAUCGAAACUGUAGGCGAAUAUUGCCGCUGCGGUCUAAACUACGGGUUACAAGAGAAUGCAAACGAUCUAGCGCAGAGAAUAUAGCGAAUGUUACAUAUGUGUAGUGCAAUCGAUCCCGAUUUCUCCCUCCGGAAACGAAACCAUAAGCUGUGAGAAUUUUGUUCUUUUUUUCCUCGACAUCCAGUCGGACUGAUACAAACGCAAGGCCAAAAAAAUCAAAUUACCUACGUGUAGUUCUAGUACUACAACGUGUAGAAUGAUAUUUUUUGAUUCUCCUGCGUAUACACCAACCUAUCAAUCAACCGUGUGUGUAAAUGGUUUGAAAAAAAUCAACAACAUGUGUCUUAUUUUGAAAAACCUACAUAUUUAUAUUAAACUGUGAAAACCAAUUUUAGGCAAACCAGAACAGGUUUCUGUUUCUAUAUACAUCCUCGAGAGUUUUAGGAGGCGACCCGUUUUUCUAACUCGUUUUCGGUACAACGGUAAUGUUUAAUGCACUUAAAAUAAGUUUAUUUAUCACGUUGAAAUGACUGUUUACCCACUCGUUUUCCCUCUACCUUUCUUUUAGAUUCAGGUUCGUUGUUUAACUGUGUAUCUGUGCGUUUCCAUAUUGAUUUAUUUUCGAGAUAAACGUGUAAUAUAUAAGAGUCCCAUAUCUGUGUAACGAAAUAUAAUGGAACCAUGUAACUGUUUUUUUUUUCGAAUGUGCAAAAUGAGUAACGCAUUUAUUGUGGAGAAAUAAACCAGAUAGAAGUUGUGAGCGAAAGUUAAGGCAUUUUCCUACUUUUAAGGGUGUAUUUAUAAUCAAUGAUAACAUGAUUAA